GUUUGGGUUCGUCAAGGGUUCUUUGCGAAACCCAGAACCUAGGUUCUUCGAGGAACCCAGGAACCCAGGAACCUAGAAACUGGGUUGGUUUUGGAUUCAUCAAGGAACCCAGAACCAAGUUCCUAAAAGAACCUAGAUCUGGGUUCCUUGAAGAACCCAGAACCUAGGUUCUUCAUGGAACCUAGGAACCCAAAACGGAGUUCCUCAAGGAGCUGGGUUCCUCAAGGAGCUGGGUUCCUCAAGAAACCUAGCACCGAGUUGGGUUCCGCCACCAAGCACCGAGUUGGGUUCCGCCACCAAGCACCGGGUUGGGUUCCGCGAAGAACCAGGAUGAACAAGAGGAAAACCCAGCAUCGAGUUCCAUGACGAACCAAGAUGAUGAAGAGGAAGAGGAUGGUGAAGAUGAUGAGAAGGAUGGCGAAGAGAAUGGCGAAGAAGAUAAACGACAAGUAAGGAAGGAUACAAAACCGCGGAUGGUGUCUCCUGAACCGUCUUCUCAUUUUCAGUCGUCGUCGUCCAUGGUGAAAUCUAAGAACAGGGGCUCUUGGUGUCUCACAGAUGGGUUACUUUAUCUGGGUGGAGCUUUCUUAGCCCUUUUUCUGGUUUGGUGUUUCUGGUCGUUUUUCAUUCCAGGGUCGGAUUUUGCGCAGGCGGUUGCUGGUUCGAAAACGUGCGCCGAUUCUGGGUUGGGGGUUAAUCUGGGGUACGACCCGAAGGCGACCACUUUCUAUGAUGAUCCGGAGAUUAGCUAUUCUAUUGAGAAGCCGGUGAAGGGAUGGGACGAGGAGCGGAAACAGUGGCUGAAGCAUCACCCUUCAUUUGCUGCCGGAGCGCGGGAGAGGAUCGUCCUCGUAACAGGAUCGCAGGCAAAACCCUGUAAGAAUCCCAUAGGCGACCAUUUGCUGUUGAGGUUUUUUAAGAACAAAGUCGACUAUUGCAGAAUCCAUGGUUACGAUAUUUUCUACAACAAUCUGUUGUUGCACUCGAAAAUGAACUCGUAUUGGGCAAAACUGCCUGUGGUGAAGGCAGCAAUGCUGGCUCACCCGGAGGCCGAGUGGAUCUGGUGGGUGGACUCGGAUGCGGCGUUCACAGACAUGGAGUUCAAGCUGCCAUUAGAGAGGUACAAGAACCACAAUCUGGUGGUUCACGGCUGGCCCCAUUUGAUUUACAAAGAUAAGAGCUGGACCAGCCUCAACGCUGGGGUUUUCUUAAUUCGGAACUGCCAGUGGUCCAUGGAUUUGAUAGAUGUUUGGGCAAACAUGGGUCCAAUGAGCCCGGAGUUCAAGAAAUGGGGUCGGAUUCAGAGAUCGACGUUGAAGGACAAGCUCUUCCCGGAGUCAGACGAUCAAGCGGCUCUGAUUUACCUUCUCUACAAACACAGAGAUAAGUACUACGACCAUAUAUUUUUAGAGGGGGAAUUUUAUUUUCAAGGUUAUUGGGUCGAUAUCAUUUCCGAGGGCGGAUACGAAAACACCACGGAGAGGUAUUUGGAGAUAGAGAGGGGAGUGCCCAAGUUAAGGCGGCGGCACGCCGAGAAGGUGAGCGAGCAAUACGCGGCGUUUAGGGAGGAGUACUUGAAGGAGGCGGGGAACGGGAGAGGAAGUUGGAGGCGGCCGUUCAUCACCCACUUCACUGGGUGUCAGCCGUGCAGCGGGGACCAUAAUCAGAAAUACAACGGCGAGUCUUGCUGGAACGGGAUGAUCAAGGCGCUGAAUUUCGCCGAUAAUCAAGUCCUCCGGAAGUAUGGGUUCGUGCAUCCUGAUCUUGGGGAUUCGUCGUCGGUGACAGAGGUGCCCUUUGAUUAUCCUGCCGAUGAGGGCCCAUGGUAGAGGAAAAUAAAACAAAGAAGAAAACAAAAGAAGAGAGGCCUACAGUGAUUCAAUGCAUCCAAUUCCAAUUCAGCAUGAUAUCACCUCUGAGCAUCAUUUUUCUAUGUGGAAUGCUCUUGGAAUGGCUGCAUUUGCUUAGUUGCAUCCAACACUUCAGAAAGUUUCCAGUUAGAUAGUAAGUUAGAGACUUUAUAGCCCCAUCCUGCCGAUAUCAGCCUUGUUUUCCAGGGUGUUUUUUGGAGCCAAAUUCAAACGUCUCAGAUGUAUAGAAGUGCUAGGAGUUUGUCUCUGUUCCUGGUAUGAUUAUCUUUAUAAGAUACUCAUCAUAACAUGAUAAUUUGGUCAAGGGCGCAUCAUCAGCCUUGUCAACUUUAAAAUAAGCUCUUUUGCUGCAUCAUUGAUCAUGCAAUGAUUUCAUCUCUAUCACUUUCAUUGUUUAAUAGAAAGAUACUUACACAAAGUGUUUAGAGAGUGUUUAUUAAAAUACCCUAUAAUAU